AUGGUGGCGACGGCUCGGUGUUUGGCCAUGGCCGUCGCGCUCAUGGCGGUAAGCAUGGGGAAUUCUGAACGACUGGACUUGGAGGAUAAAGGAGGAUCAAGAAGGUUCAACUUCGAUCUGAGAGGAACAAAGCCGACCAUGCUCAGGAGCGCCGAGGCCAGAUCCUACCCGCGGCUCGGCCUGCCAUGGGACCGAGGUAUGGGUGAGAUGGUGGCAGUCAGAACUUUUACACCAGGAGAACAAGAGGUGAUGAAGUCGGGAGAAUGGAGUGGGCGAUCGGCAACCUUGCUGGCGUUCUCUCCCUCCAACAGAUUUUGUUUGCCUCGGAAACGGUGGGGAAUGGGUGGAACUCGGAAUCCUGUCUGCAAGCAGAAGAUUUGUGCUGGUUUGAGAAAGUGCAAGCCGCAGGAAAAUGUUGGAAAAUUUCUUAGCUUCGUGAUGAGACCAUGGGAACUGUUCUCUCUGAGACAGAAAUCCUCUGAUUACGAUGAAAAUGGAAAAAAAGAUUUGAACGAUGACAACCAAAUAGGUAGCGACGACGAGGAAGACGUGGAGGAGGAGGAGGAAGAUGAGGAAGAUGAGGAAGAUGCGGAGGAAGAUGAGGGGGGAGAUGAGGGGGGAGAUGAAGAUGUCGAGGAGGAGGAGGAGGAGGAGGAGGAGGAGGAAACUACUGGUGAAGAGACUGAGGAGGAAGAUGGAAAUAGCAACGAGAACACGGAUGAUGGAGGAGAUGACGAAGAAGGUCAAAUGGAUUAUGAAAAUUCCGAAUAUAUUACGGAGGACAAGUUUGUAGAUUACAACAAGGAGCUGACGUCUGAUGAACUAGAGGAAUUGUUCAUGGCUCAAAACGAUGAUGAGCAACUCGAACUGAUCAGGUCAGCGAGAAGAUCGAUCGAUCAUGAAUGCUUCCACUUGCUUACCUUGCACGCUGGGCUGAUAGAGCAAGAGUGGAGAUGGCAAACAAAGACGCGACAGAAGAAGAACUCCAGCGUCGAAAGGAUCGUCAACUAUCAGCAAGAGGCUGCGGAGUUGGCAAAAAGACCCAUGGCUGAUAUGGAGAAACUGCAUGUAGAAGGAAUCGACAUGAAGAAUUACGAAGAGUCUCGCACGUAUGUCACUGCGGAAGACAUCGAUAUGCUCGUCUCAAAGAACAAGUUGGAUCCUCAGAAGGCGGAAGUCGCCCGAUUGUUGGAGGGAUCCGUCCUUGAUGUGAUGCAGCCUGCUGUGAACGACUUGGAAGCGGUGCAUCCAGGCUUCGCUCGGGAAGGAGGAUCGAUGUACAAUGUGGUCCAGCUCUUGGGAGAUCUAUCUCAGACCUUGAGAUUGCUGCAGUACUCCAUCAUCUGCGACCAGACCGACUGGACUCACCCAGAGGGUCUCAAAAUCUUCGGAAGGAUGCUGAAGGAGGCCGAAACUCGAUUGGAGCCAAUCAUGGAUCUUCUGAUGUUUGCUGCGGAAAGAUUCAUCAAGGGCGGGCCUCCCCAAACUCGAGAUCUGUUGGAGCGGCAUAAGGACUCGCUGCUGACGAAACUUCGUGUCGCUUACGAUUCGGAGGAGAAAUAUCGUCCUCCGCCUAUGGACAUGUCCAAUCUAUCGAAUGUCCCAGUGGACCAAGUUCCGCUCUCAGCGAUAUGGGACGAUCCGAACGAGAAGGAUUUAAUCUACCACCUCAAAGAGAUGCGCGAGAAUCAGCAGAACGUCACGAGCGAUCAACACCCGCUCGCUGAUCCUAAGGCCUGGAGGGAAUGGGUGGAAAGCGCGGCCUUCGAAUCCUACAACGGGAAGGCACUCAGCCUAGAGGAGGUCGAACGUGACUUGGCCGAGAUAACGGAUUUCAACACACCUCAGUCCGACGCUGACAGGAGAUGGCUGGAGAGUGCAGGAGUCGUCGAUGCCCGAGGCGACCUCGUCACCAAGGUAAACAGAACCUUCUGGCCAGACCCCAUGUACGGCAAGCCGAAGGCCAGCAGGCAGAAGAAAGGGAACAAGAAAUCGGAAGACGAGGACGAGGACGAGGACGAGGACGAGGAGAUGGAGGAGUCAUAUGAUGGAGAGGAAAAAGAAGGAGAGGAGGAAGGAAGUGAAGAUGAAGUGGAGGUGUCCGAGAUAGACAGAAUCAUGCGAGGGUCAAGGAGCUCUUUGAAGGUCGGAUUGGAAGAUGAUGAGGAAAGCCAAUGA